CCCCCGCUUCCACCAACGAGCCCCUCUGCUCUCCCUCGCUCCGAUCUGGUGGAGCCGCCGCCCCCAACCUCUCUCUCCGACUUCGAUCCACUGCCGCUUCCAACUGCUCCCACCCCACUCCUCUUCCCCUCCUCCUCAGGCAGCCCAGUCGUCGUCGCGACCGAGGACCAGAGACGCGGACAGUCGUUGGCGCCUACGCUUGGGAGAAUCGAGGGCUGGCUCGCGCCGACGCGGCGUCGUGGCGAGAUCCGGCCGGGCGCCACGUCGCUGGAUCCCUCCCGACACGGCAGAUCUGGCCAGCGUAGGGUAGGUGUCAGCCCGCCGCCGAUCCACCCCGGCGCCCCCAUGGCCAGGCGGGCAGAGGGUUUCGCUCCCCCGGGGCGGCCAGAUCUCGCGUGGUGGCGAGCAGAUCUUGGACUCGCGAGACGACCUCCGCCGCCGCCGACGCGCUCAGCUCCGUCGUCGCGGCCGUGGUGCGCGCGCUGUCCAAGGACUUCCUCGUCAUCAGGCAGGAGUGGGCGGCCAUCCGCAUCCAGACCACCUUCCACGGCACCAGCUCCCGCUCCCGCACCCCCGCCUCCAAUGACGUCGGCCAACGCCAUCUCCACCGCCUCCCUCCUCCGCUCCUUCUCCUCCCAGGGGAGGUUGAGGAGGUCCAAGAACGGCCGCUCGUCACGGUUGGUGGUGUGCGCGGACGCCAAGGAAAUCGCCUUCGACCAGAAGUCCCGGGCCGCGCUCCAGGCCGACAUCGAGAAGCUCGCCAGCGCCGUCGGCGUCACCCUCGGCCCGCGAGGUCAGGCUCAUUUUUACCCAGGCUGGUGCUCGCAAUUGCUUGGUUUGGUUUCGUUCGACUUAGCACUGAAUCCCUCAGUUUAUGCAGUUUCGUUGUGGUUGAUUGACAUCCCUGUGAAGAUAAAAUUCAGGACCAAAGAUGAUUGAUUACUGGUUUUAGCCCCAAGCCAUCUUGUCUUGCCGUUUUUGGUGAGCUGGUGGCUUGGGGCUAAAACCACUAUUUAUGGUCGUCGGUGAUGGUCAUAUUAGCUAUGAGAUGUGAGGGAAAUACUUUAACCUCAAAUGUGUGUCAGCAUGUUACUGUUGUGACCCUUCAUGUUAUUUCUGUGCUGAGAUUGUGAGAUUCUUAUAGGACCAUAAAGUUCAUUCUCUUUCAGUCUAUCACACCUGUUUUGUACCAAUAUCAUGAUUAUGCACCAAACAUAUUACCGUUAGUGGUUCAUUCUAUUUGAUAUGGAUCAUCUUCCACUUGAGAGCUGGCAGGAGGUCAUGAUAAUUUUUUUGUUCCUUCUCAGGAAUGCUCCCGUGCGGUGGCCUCCUUGAGACUUGGCACUUAGAAGCAGAAUCUAAUUAAUUAUACUGAUUUUUUGUUCUUCCAGAAUCUUGGCACUUUGCUUGUCUAUGGAUCAUCUUCCACUUGAGAGCUGGCAGGAGAUGUAGAUCUUUGUGAAGACUCUCACCGGGAAGACCAUCACACUUGAGGUCGAGUCCUCCGACAGAAUUGACAACGUCAAGGCAAAGAUCCAGGUCAAGGAGUGGCCCGUCCGCUGGUGCUGCUGAUCCUGCUUGGACGAACAUGCUGCCUCUUCCACAUCGGCCACAUGACAGCCAUGGCUGCUGGUGGACGUGGUGGUGAUCCCCCUGUUGAAGGAGACGAGGUGGCACGCCUCCUGUGAGGAGGUAGAGGAUGUGAGCUGAGCUGCUGUCUGGUUGAGGAAGAAAGUCGCUGUCUUUACUGGCGAAACAAACUGCUGCGGCAGCCAUGCUUGUGAGCUUAUGAUGUGCCUCUAGUUUAGUUUGUCGGUUUGUGUGAACCGUUCUCUGUGAUGUAUGAUGUAUUGCUGAUGUUAGCUGUACAUGUGAUGUAUGAUGAGUUGACUUGAUGGUUUGUUUGAGGCUGUCUUGUGAAGGUUAUUGUUAGUUAACAUGAGUUAAACUAAUACAUACACUUGCUGCUGUUAGCUGUUAACAUGAGUUGACUUGAUGGUUCG